UGAAUCUAUUGCGUCAUAUCCGCCAUUUGGCUCUCUUGAACGCUUGUGUCGCUUGCUUUUCGCGCAGCGGACUUUUGCCAAACACAAGCUAGUUAGCGUCUAGCGAGCGGCUCACAACGCAGAUCAGAUGUAUUACAGCAACUGUAUUAAGCUACUGUUUGCGUCGAUGCGACGUCAACUGUACUAACGUCUGCAUGGUUGUGCGCGCGAACAAACGUGCUCGUGACACGGUUUGCUAACGUUAGCUGCUCACCGAGCAACUCGGUUGGGAAAUGGGGAAAAACCGCAAGAAAGGAAAGGGGGCAGCUCAAGCAGGACCAAAGGGCAUGCGUCUCCCAGCGCCUCCUCAACACAGACCUCCUCCUCAACAAGGAGGCUUUCGCGGACCUGCUCCCGGUUUCCAGAUGGGCCCCCCUGGACACAGGUUUCCUGCGCCCCAUCACGACUUCGGACAGCAGCCCCCCAGAAUGAGGAUGAUGGACGACAUGGAAAGAGAUCGAGGGUUUAUGCAAGAGCCGCAGGGAUUCAUGGUGAACGACGGGCCUUUUAACCGGAUGGAUUUCCCCGACAGGCACGAAUGUCGCCCUCGCUUUGAGGGACCUGAUCCAGCUUUCCGUCAUCAAGAGUUUGGAAACAGACCGCCUGCACCAGCUUUACCGUUUUACCGUCCAGAGCUUGAGUAUGAACCGCGUUUCCGUUCCCCGGAGUUUUGUGACAGACCUCGAGACUUCUGUCCGCCCGAGUUUAGGGGCAGACCCCCGAACUUCCGCCCUCCUGAGUUUGACGGGGGGCCAGGUUUCCACAUGAUGAACCCUGCUUUCGACCAAAUGGAGCAGUUUGGUCCAAGAGACCAACAUUAUAUGCCGCCAAUGGACCCCCAUGGCAAUCAUUCGUUUGGAGAGAGAGGAGGGUUUGCUGCACCGCUGGCACCUGAUUUCCGGGGCCCGGGGCCGGUACAGCCACCAUCUGAGGCGUUCAGUAGCGCGCCUCGUCCCGCCUGUUCACCCCAACCUCCACAGAAAAAAGAUCAGCUGGCUCCGAAAGAGACUAAGACUGAACCGCCUAAAUCGAUGGCUUUAAAGAUAUCAUCGUUCAAGAAUAUCUCUGCAAACGCACCUCGUGGACGCUCAUUGGGAGUAAUUUCACUUGUUGCCAAUAACUGCGGUUUCAUCGAACGGGAGGAUCUGAAGAAGUUUUCUUUUGUGUUUGAUGCUUUUUUUGGAAACCGGGCUCUCCUGUUGCCUGGAGUUAAAGUACAUUUCACAGCUGUGAAAAAUCUGGGAAAAGAUUGUGCAGUUGAUGUGAAAGUGGCCCCAGGAGGAACCGAAGACAUUGACAGCACGGUGUAUGAAGGUGUAGUUCUCACAGUCCUUCCUCAUGACAACGUCAAGGAGGCCAAUCCUGGCUGCAUCAGGACCAUCAUCUCCAAGGAUCCCAUUAAACUGCCCUUUGGAAAAGCGGACACCAGUGUGACUCUGCUGCUGUAUGAUCGUGUGGAGUUCCAGCUGCUGACGAAUGUUAUUACUAGGGAGCAAAGAGCCACAAACAUCAAACCAAAAACUCCUGACACUUUUCAGCUCACCAAAGAAGUCAGGGAGAUGGGUGUGAUUAUUAAUAAGAGCGAUGAAACCCUGACCAUCAUGACACAGAAACAUGAUAGCCUGACCGCCACAUCUACUGACAAUUUAUCAGAUGAAGAGCUGAAUGUCAUGGAUGAAGUGGAGCUCACCAUUUUGACUGUGAACGACACAAAGAAGGCCGUCCGACUCAAGAAGCUGCCCGAAGGCUCUGUCACCUUUAAUCAAAAAGCAAAAGGCAAUGAAAAUAUGUCUGACACGAACGACAAUACAUCUGGCACUGGCCCUGUCAAAGACAAGUGGAAGCCUGUGAACACAGAAGCUGGUUCUCAAGAUUUAGAUGUAAGCAGUGAGAAAUACGAGGGGACCAUUACUCAAAUCGUCCCAAAGAAAAGCCCAAGUGAGGACAAAGUGAUGGACAAUCAAGAGUGCUCUCUGGGUUUUCUGGUCACCACAGUGGAGGGCACAGAGAAGCGCUUAUCUUUUAAGUCAGGUGAUGUGAUCACAAAAGCCACCAUGAUGCUUGGUGACAAGGUCCAGUUCAACAUCUCCACCAACGUUGUAACUAAGGAGGAGUGUGGCGUCAACGUAGAGAUCCUGCCAGAAACUUUCCAGACGGACUCUGAAGAGCAGCGAAAGAUAGGGCUUGUUGUCAAGCUGGAUGAUAAUUUUGGGUUCAUCAAGACACAACAGGACCGCAGCUAUUUUUUUUUUUGA